UUUCCUAAACCGGGUUGAGUUGAGUCCCGAGCGAGGAGAGGGAGACAAGCAGGAGUCCGUGAACAACUUUUAAUGUAUGCGGGCCGAGUCGGGCCAGUGUGUCGGGACGCACUGUUUUCUCCCCCUUUAUGCAUCCUCCUGCUCGGUUUAGCUCAACCACGGCUCGCUGUUCUCACACCGGCUCGGUAGCUAAUCUGUUUUUGGCACAAAAAGCGGUUGUGUGUCUGCUUCUUUUAUGAGUCCAGCCCUCCGGUGACUUCAGCACACAACUGGCCUUGACUGAGUGAUUGAGUGAGUGACUGCAUGGACCGGACUGAACAUGAAGAGCCUUAAAGCGAAGUUCAGAAAAACUGAUGUCAAUGAGUGGAACAAAAACGAUGAGCGACUGCUUGCUGCAGUGGAGCAUGGCGAGGUGGAGAAGGUGGCAUCACUUCUUGCCAAGAAAGGCGCCAGCCCUGUAAAGCUCGACGGCGAAGGCAAAUCAGCCCUCCAUGUGGCAGCUGCACGUGGACAGACAGACUGCCUAUCUGUCAUCCUGGCCCAUGGAGCUGACCUGUCAGUCACUGAUGCUGCAGGUCUUAAUCCAUUACACCUGGCUGCCAAAAACAAUCACAUCGAGUGCUGCAAAAAGCUCAUUCAGAGUAAAUGUCCUGUUGAUGCUGUAGACGGCUCAGGAAAGGCUGCUCUGCAUCAUGCUGCUGCCAGUGGGAACAUCCAGACCGUCCAACUGCUAUGUGAACUCAAAAGUCCGAUCAACCUAAAAGAUGCAGACGGGCUCACCCCUUUGCUGUUGUCAGCCAAACACACUCAUGCUGAGGUUUGCAGCACUUUGCUGGACUGCGGUGCUGAAAUCAACACUUCUGACAACAGCAGCAGGACGGCCUUGAUGCUGGCCAGCGAGUCCAACGCUGCGUCUGUUGUUGAAGUCUUGGUGGAACGAGGAGCAGAUCUGUCAGCUGUAGAUGCACAAGGCCACGAUGUCGCACACUACGCCAAGCUAUCGGGCAACUCUGAGGUCAAAACUGCCCUCACUGCUGCCAUGAACAGACAACAAGCCUCAGAUGCAAAGUCCCCUAGAAGUCCUCAGCAUGAUCAAGUAGCUAAACUAAGUGAUGAACGGAUCACAACUCCAAAAAAACGAAAAGCACCUCCACCUCCUAUUAGCCCACUGCAGAGUUCUGGACCAUCUUCUCCUUCCAUCCUUACCUCCACUGGGACACCCGGAUCCAACAAGAGUGACACACCCAAAAGAUUCAACUACAAGGAGGAUGAGGUUAAAGGAACGAUACUUAGAGAGGAGGUUGAAAAGCUUCAUGAGGAAAGAAACAUGUUGCUGGAGACAAUCGAAGACCUGAAGCAGUCGGUGGAGCAGUCAGUGACUGGUCACGAACUGGAUACAAAGGUCGAGCACAGUUUUACAGCAUCUGCAGCUCUGGUUUCUGCUCUGCAAGCCAAGAUUAAUGCUCUUACUUUGGAGAAUCAACAACUUGCAGGCAAACUCAAGAAACAUCCGUCCAUCCAAGGCAGCGAGGACCUGAAGGACAGCAGUCGUCCAAACAGCAUGGCCUCCAACUCCUCCUUCCACUCCACCCAGGAUGAGUUUGAGUCGCUGCCACAGGUGGAGGGUGUUUCUGCCAGACGGGAGGAAGAAGAGGGUGAAGGAGGGAGCAAAGAGGAGAUCAGACUGUUGAGACAGGCACUAGAGAGCGUUCAAGUGAAACUGCUAGAAACCAGGAAGGAGAACCGCUCGCUUCAGGCCCAACUGAAACCUGAGCGAGAAAGAGAGGAGGACGAAAGCGUGAGAGAGAAAGGAAGAGAGGAAGAGUUGAUGGAGAGUCUCGCAGAGCUUCAGGCGAAGCUGACAGACACUCAGGAGAGAUACCACCAAGCUGUGGAGGAGGUGGAGGAGCUGAGGGUAAGGGGAGGAGGUGAGAUGAUGGAGAAACAGGAGGUCCCGAGACGUACGCCAUCCACACUGGAACAUGAAGUAAAACAGCUGAGGGCUUUACUCGUCCAAUCAGGAUCCGAGCAGGAGACAGCUGCUCAACGAAUCAGACAGCUGGAGGAGGCACUGAGGAGGGUGGAGGAGGAAAGGAGGAGUGUAAAGGAGCAAGAACAUAGGACUGCACAGAUUGAGGAGCUGUACAAGGAGGCGCAAGAGGAGAUCAGGAUGCUCCAGGAGGCUCUGAGGGGCACAGUACCAGUUGAAGCUGCAGCCAAAGAUUUUGAAGAAAUGAAGGCUGAGCUAAAUGAGGUGAUUGCAGGGCUGCAGCGCCGCUUGCUGGAACUUUCACACUCCUACAGCGAAACCAAGAGUCAUCUAAGUGCUGCACAGAAACAGCUGGCUGAGACCAGUGCAGCGUCAUCUCCCUCCUCAGAACAACAGCAGCAGGUCCAGAUGCUGAACAGCAAGGUGGAGGAGCUGCAAACGUUGCUCGCUGAGACAGAGAAGAAGCUGUCCGCUGCUCAAGAACAGAUUUCACUGCUGAAGCAGGAGGCCGAAGCUCAGGCUCAGAGCUCUGUGGCCCUCGCCGACCACACACAGGUGAUGUCAUCUCUGGGAAAUGCUAUCAAAGAGUUGGAAAGCGAGUCAGAGGCCCUGAAAGAGCAGCUACAACAGAAAAUCCUACAGGUGGAGGCUCUUCAAAAAAGGUUGACUGCAGAGAAAGAUGUCACCCCAGAAGAUUCAGUCUCCCGCAUGGAGCACGAGACCGCAAAAGAGCAACUGGAGGGCGAGGUGAACCACCUGACGCAGCUCCUCCAGGGGGCCCUCAGGAAGCAGGACGAGAUGGCUCUGGAGGCUGCUGAUGCAUGGCAGAAGGCACGGGAGAAUCGUGCAGAGCGUGAGGCCCUGCAGGAACUGGUGAUGUCCAGGGAGAAGGAGAACCAGACACUGACCUCCAGGCUUGCUGAGUCCCAGGAUGGUGUUUGUCAGCUCAAACAGCUGGUGGAGAACCACACCGCCUCAGAGAGAGAGAAGAACAAGAGGAUAGACGACCUGUCCCGGGAAGUAGGCAAGCUGAGAGAGGCCUUAAACAGCCUAUCACAGCUCUCCUACACCUCUGGCUCUCCUUCCAAGAGACAGCAGCAAACCCAGCAGCUGGAGACACUGCAGCAACAAAUCAAACAACUACAGUACCAGCUAGCUGAGUCAAAGAAGCAGCACAAUGAGAUAGUGUCAGUCUACAGGAUGCACCUCCUCUAUGCUGUCCAGGGUCAGAUGGACGAGGACGUCCAGAAAGCCUUGAAGCAGAUCCUGAUGAUGUGCAAGAUGCCAAGUCAAGCCAAGGAGGCCUGUUAAGACACGCCCGGCCUGGUUUCCCAAAAGCAUGUUGUGAAGAGAACUGCUGCUGUCAGCACUUCCUCCAGUCCGAAUUUACAAGGCCAACACACGGUGCCUCUGGAUAAACCUUGAGUAUUGUUAAUGAGGGAUAGUUUACAUUCAUGUUCAUUGCCUUUGCUAAUGGCAUUUUGACCGACUAAGAUCUUACGUUGGAAGUUGUUUUUGGGAAACCUCAGCCCAGCAUACAGAUCCUGUACAUCAGCCAUGUAAAAGAAAGAGUGAACCAAGUUGUUCUUGCCAAACGUGUAAUCUCAGUACGACCACGCUAACACUACACUGUCAAUGUGCAGUAACCACAUGCAGACGGACAAGCACGAUAAAACAUAUGUACUCUGACAUAAACAUACAUGUAUGUCCACUGAAAACAGUGAUUCUGAUGUGGUUUGUUUCUGUUACAAUGUGCGCUUAGAGAAGACUCCGUUAGCGCUGCUGUUGCUAGUAUCUAUUUUAUGAUACAACAUUGUUAGUAUUAUUUACUUGUUGUCUAAAGAUUUCAUGAUUGUCAACAUUUUCUUGAUACAAUCUAAAUUAUUUGUGCCCUCUUAAACAAUGCAUGUGACUUUGCUCAAAGCCAGCCGCACUUCUAUAGAGAAAAGCAUGAUACUGUUUGUAUUGCAAUUUUCCAAUUAGGAUAAAAUUUAUAAAAAUGUAUUUUACUGAACUGUAUUACCAUGCGAUGUUUUAUAAGAUACUGUACUUUAAUGAAGAGGUUUGAUAGCUGUAUUUUUGAUGGCCUUGUUUUGUGUCUGUGUGAAUGAAAUUCCUUCUCCUCGCGUAUAACAACAUACUGUUUGGUCUAGUGACACUCAAAUUGGUUUAUUUUCCUGUUACUAUUCAAAUUUUACACAUUAGGGGUUGAUUAUGUUUACUGUAAUAAAAACACACAAAAAACUGUUGUAAAAAAUUUCCCAACAGUAUGUGCUGUGAAUAAAUUGACCCAUUAGUUUUGAGGAAAGUAAGGAGUUACAUUUCCUCUCCUCGUCUUAUUUUACAGUUUAAUCUUUUUCAGCAAUCCCUUACUUGAAAAGCAUGCAACAUGUGUUUGCUGAGUCUGGUUGUCAUGUGCCUGUAAUAUUUUUCUGACAGUCCACAUAAUUCUCAAUUGCCAUAGACACUAAUUUCAGAUUUCCUUGUACUUCCUUAAUUUAUUUAAAUUCACCAGGAAUGUUUUUUUAUUUGUGAUACUCUCAUCUCUUUCAGUGUUUGUAGGUACGGAUACACACGUUAAACAAAACAUUUCUUUGAAUGUGUCUUCUAGAGGCUUCUGAACUGUUGUCCCAUCUCACUCCUUUGCCUUAGUACUGUACUUAGAGCCAUACGCACUAAGAUAUCACCCUUCAUCUGAACAGUGUUUAAUAUCAUUGAGAACGCACCCGCCGUUAAACUUAACUCAGAUUAAAGUAAUUUGUAUAUGACUGAAGCUCCCACUCUUGCUUCUCACUCAGGAACUUUUUUACUGAAUCCAACUGAGAUUUGUUAGACCCUGAGAAGAGCUUUUGCUUUAAUUCGUAGAUUGUAGAAUUUCAUAAAUUCUUUUUCUCUCCUGGCCUUGACUGAACUGUUUUGUAACAAGAAAGGGAAACCAUUUUCUAGUGACAGUGAAAAAAAAUGCUUGUUUGCCAACCGCUUUGUUGCCCACAAUAAUAAAUUUCCAAGAUACUGUAC